UACCAGGCUACAGCUUUAAUACAUAUACACAUACAAUGCAAUCAUCCGCUAUCCUUCAGAUUAUUACCCGUAUUUCAAUAGCAAAAUGAAAACCCUCCAUUUGAUUCUGGGCACAUUCCAGGGUGUUCAAUUAUUGAUGCAGUUAGCAGCAUUUCAGUGUUGUGGCUGAUCCAGCUAAUGUUUCUUUAUUAAUCCUCAUCUGUUACAAAUAUUUGUUUUAGAACCGUGAUGUUAACGCACUCAUGGGUUUAUAUACACCUUCCCUUUUUAACAGUCUUAAGGUGUUUUUCUGAGACUCAUAAGAGACUUGACAGAGUGGAUUUGUAUUAUACAACCCAUUGAUUGUUAAAUUAUCAUGUAAAAUGCACUUCAUUGUCAGAUGAAUAAAUUCCCUCAGUUUUGACCAAUUAAUCUAUUUCAACAGCCCUUCACUAAAUCCUCCUGUCAUCAGGUGGACAAAAUAACAACAAACAUCUCAUUAUAAUAUUAUGCAGCCACAACCUCCAGCAUUUAUCUAAAACGGUUUCAUUUCCACACCAUGGAGACUAAAAGGACUAACCGAUUAGACGGCAUUGUUUUUUCAUUAAGCGUCACUAGAAGCCUUGAAGUGGACGACAACAUAACAUAUUCUUAAGAGUUGUAGCUAUAAUGUGAAACCACUGGGUAUACUAGUCGCCCAUACACUUUGUUUUUAUAUGUAUUACAUUUAUAUAAAUGCAUUUUACACUCCUAAACAGUGAUAUUUAGCUGUUUUCAUGAAGAAGGUACCUGUCAAAAUGGCGACUCUGGCCACGCCUUUAAAUUACCUGGCGCUUUAAGGCAGCGCGUGCCGCUCACACACGUAAAGGAAGUGGAGGCGCCGUGUGUGAUCGUCACGUAGACGAGAGGUAAAUACAGCCCAUCAAAGCCACAGCUCCGGACGAGAAGUGCUGAAAUAUGCGCAGGAACCUGGAUGGGUUUUCCACCGGGUCAAACAGAAGAACUUAGUGAGGCAGAAUGAGCUCGUUAGUCGCGCUUCAGCUUCUACUUGUCGCAUUCAUCGCCUCCGCUGAGUCAGGGGUCCAGAAGCUGACCGUCAGCCCUGACAGAGGCACCUACCUCAACAUCACUAGCAGCAGCAGUCAGGUCAAAGGUUGCGCCGUGUGCACGGGGGCCGGAGGCUCGCGGCGAUGCGGGCCGUCCCUUGUGAUCAAAGACGACACUCCUGUCUCAAUAGAGUUUGAAUGCUCCAGACCUCAAGAUGUAUUCAGUGUGGAAAUUGUGCGAAAUAUAGAAUGUACAACAAAGUUGUGCAAUGGCCACAUCAUCCAGGCUGACUCCGACUCGCUUCCCUUCCUGGAUUUUAACCGCAAGUUCACCUGGAACCUGAAUGCGUCUCCGCCGGAAGCGUUCAAAAUAGACUUCAACAACAUUGGCAUGAGACAGAUCAAUCAGUCGACGGGAUGCCCAGACGGACACAGCUACACCCUGCGGGCCUUCCAGACCACCGGCGAGGUGGCCGUAGGGAAAUACUGCACAAUGGGACCUAUUAGCAGUGCUCAGAUACUGAAUCAAGGGAGCUUUUCUCUGGACGUCCCACCGGGGCAGAAGCUGCAAAAUGGCCAGUUCGAUGUGUCUGUCGGGGAGGAAAUCAAAUCUCUUGCUAAAAUCACACUGACGUUGCCAAUAGGGACCUCGUCCUCCGAGUUGCUCUCGCCGAACUACCCGGACAGUUUUCCCGACGACGACUUGAUGGAGUGGUACGUUCAGGUCCCGGCCGAACACAAGGCAGCCGUCCAGUUCCUGAAUGUCUCAGAGCCACGUUGUCUGAAGAAGGAGGCAGCGGUGGAGUACCACAGCUAUGCUAGAGCGGCGGUGGUGCGGAGUCUGACGGAGCCGCAGCCGGCCCACAUUCCGGGAAAAUUCACCUUCAUGCUGAGGAACUGCGAGAUGGACACAAGACGCGCUGGUCUGAUGCUACGCUUCAAGGUCUCCGCUUCAAGUGCAAUAUCAUCAGUGUCGUGUCACGUGGAUAUGCGCAACAUGGAGGGGCUUUCUCUUCUCAUCGAGAGGCUGAGACCGGCCUCCGGCUGUGAGAUGACCGUAAACGCUGUGUCCAAGGAGAAGAUCACCAUCACAGGGAGGAGUCACCUGACUUUCCAGGACUGCGUUCCUGAAGAGCUUCUUAUCACCGCCAGGAGAGUCAUAGAGUGCGUCCAGCUGGCAGACUGCCCGAUGAGGCCGACCCGUCUGUUGGUGCCCGCGCUGCCGACUUGCCUUCCCGCCCCCCUGAGCAGCGUGACCUGGACUCUGCGGCCUCCUCAGCACGGCGCGCUGGAGCUGACGUCUCCCACUGAGCUCCUAAAGCAGUCUCUCCCCGGGCAGCAGUGCAACGACAGCUUCAUCAUCAGAGUGGCCGAGGACGACGGCACCACUGUUGGAAACUUCUGCCCUCGGGGGGCCAUACAGAAGAUCCAACUCCACACCAACGUGUCCGUCACUGUGUCCGGCGUGGAUGGCGAAGGACUGAAGACACCCUUUGGGCACGUUCUGGAUGCCAUUUUUAAAGCGGAGAUAUCUGAAAGUUACAUAUUCACUGUGUCUCCAGAGAUGGACACUCCCAUCCUUUUGGCUACUCCUGGUUGGCCAGUAGGUAUGAGGUCUUACUCCACAGUCUCCUGGAUCGUCUCCGUCCCCCCGAAGCGGGACGCUCACCUGGUGUUCACCAACCUCAGCCAGCCCAAGUGCAGCAACCGUCACACCAACAUCUGGGUGCAGAGAGUUGGCUGCCUGGAGGAGGAGUACAGCCGCAGGGAGGACGAGGAGGCCGAGAGCAAGAUCGCCGUCUCGGGGAGCUUCUACCUCAACAUGUCGAACUGCAUGCCCGAAACGGGACACUUUGGCGUCAUCACCAUGGUCACCUUGGAGAACAGCAAAAACCUUCUCCUCACCGUCUUGAGUGUGGUGGCUUCUCUGGUGGUCAUUUUUGUCAUCGUGCUGGUAGUUGUCUGUGUGGUGAUCAGGAAGAAGAAGAAGGCGCUGAAUCAUCAAGUGUCCAUCUACAAUCCAAACGGCACCAGCUUCCUUCCAGGACAGAACAACUUCCCGAAAACACGCGAGGACGAGUCCCACGUGUACGCCUCCAUCGAGGAAACGCUGAUCUACACCGACCUGCUGAGGAAAGGUGCAAAGAUGGGUGUGUACGGAGAGGUCGACGCAUCCCGGCCCUUCGCGGGCCACACGGACUCCCAAAAGCCCCUCGUCGGCGAAGACGCCGAUACAGAUGACAUGCCAGUUGGGGCUUACCAGCAGUUUCAGGCUCCUCCCCUUCCCGUCAGGCCCAUCAGCCACGUCCAAUGCCUGGUGGACAACGUGAUUUACCAGACUGAAAGCGAAGGCGAGAACUCCCCGACUCUGGGAACGGAAGGAGGGAGCUAAGGAGAAGAUUGGAUUCGGCUUUUCUCUUGACCUGUGUACUUGAAUUUUGAGAUCUUGUGAUUACCUGCCCUCCUGAAAGCCUUUUGUUUUUUCCCUCUCGAGCCUCUAGUUUUGCACCGAGGCCACACUGAAUAACGCUGCUGAAACCCAGCAGUAGCUUUUAGCUCGAUCCUCUUUUCACCAGUUGUGUGCUACAAUGAAAAAUCUUUGUUACGUUUAAUAAAUCAAUGUUUUUCUUUGAUAUAUUUUAUACAUAUCAUGUUUUUUUUUAUAUUCAGUAGCAAACGUAUGUCCUGUUUACAUGCAUCGUUUUCAUCAGUAAAUAAUAACCUCACUGCUGUUGCGAUGCACAGAACCUUUACAGCAUCAUUGCAACGUUACUUUUAUUGGAGGAGAUUGUGUUUCCCAUGUUUAGCACUGAUCCUGCACCUGAGUGUUUUUAGAUGUUGUGGCAUUACACCACAAAUGUGCCUUAAAUAGAGCACAACGCACUCCUGCUAAUACAGUUUAGUAUCUUUGUUGUUUUUUUUAAUUAUUUUUGUUUUUUUGGACCCAUACUUUUGGAAAGAUGUAGUCUGAUCUUCUACCUAAAGCGAAUGUGUUUCUGUGGUCAUUCACCUUUUUUUCAUGCUCUACUUUUGGCUCAUUGCAAAUGAGAUUUGCUAGUCGCAGCUUGUAUUUCCCACCUUGUUCUGCAGACCACAGAUCCCUUCUGAAAUUAAACUACAAUCCUUGUACAAACCUAAAUGCCGUCUGUGAGCUGAAAAAUAUUUUUGUUGGUUGACUGAAUUGUGUUAUUAGUAAUGGGUAGUUUUUAAUAGUGGGACGUGCACAGCACAUCAUUAAACAAAAUAGGUCUGUCUUGCAUGUUGUUGUGAAGACCAACUCGUUCGGUUUGGAACAACACACGGAUCUAAAUGUCCGAACCACAGUAGGUCUCAGUCAAGUCCAAAUGAAAUGUCAUGGAAAAUAAUAACUGCAUGUUAAAACCUUUUAUUUAAAGUAUCCAUUUUGACGAUAUGGCUGCCUAGUGUGAAGAUGCCAGCAUAUUGACAUGUACAUUUGAACUAGUUGGAAUUUGUAGAAAAGUGGUAAUAAAGUUUUUCAAUUAAACUUGU